AUGGAUGUGCCUGUCGCAGCCAAUAUUCUAGGCACCCUCGGAGCUGUCUGUUGGUCAAUCCAGCUGAUUCCCCAAAUCAUUGUCAAUUAUAGAAGACACAAUGCAACGGGUCUUCAACCAUCGAUGAUGAUGCUCUGGGCAUGGGCGGGUGUUCCACUGGGCGUGUACAACAUCGUCAAAGAGUUCAAUGUCGCCUUGCGGAUACAGCCUCAGAUCUUGACGCUUUUGAGUCUGAUCACUUGGAUACAAUGCUACUACUACGAAAGAAAAUGGAGUGUCUACCGCUCUCUGCUCGUUGUCGUCCCAAUCGCAGCUGUGAUGGGCGGCAUCCAAGCAAGUCUCAUCAUCGCCCUUCGCAUCGCCAAAUCCCGCUCACUAGAAUGGCCUCUUAUCCUCAUGGCGUCUCUGUCUGCAGCUUUACUCGCAGCAGGCGUACUCACUCACUACUGGGACAUCUGGAAGCACCGAACAGUCCGUGGCAUAUCAUUUCUAUUCGUCGCCAUUGACGCAGCAGGCGAUGUAUUCUCGCUUGUGUCCGUGUUCUUUCAGCCUGAGCUUGAUGUUCUUGGUAUUGUUAUCUACGCGACAGAGUUUGUUCUGUGGUGUGGUGUGUUUGCCUGUGGUGGGUAUUACAACUUGCUACCUUGGGUUAGAAAGAGGUUCGGGAGUGAGAGCAAGAGGGUUGAAGGCGAAGAGAGCGCAGGGGAUGGGGUCAUGAUGAAUGAGAAUGUUUCUUCGAGUUCAGUGUUUAGGACGUGCCAUGUUCGAGCUCCAGCUGCAAUGCCCUCAAGCUGGUCCUCCUCCAGCCGGCGACUGAUGCUCAACAAACGCUUCAGUCGCAUGGCCAUUGCUGGCCUCUGCACCGUUAUCUUUCUCAUUCUUGUCUUUUGGGGUGCUAUCCACGGUAGCUAUGGCGUAUCUCAGUACUAUUCCUUUUCGACGACGAGUUCUUUUCGCCCUGUGUCCGUCGACCCCGAGGGUAAGACAACCGAAGACCUUUGCGCGACGUUCCCCAAGCAUUUGCUACAGACGAUACAGCCUGUCUUGAAGAUGGGCCACGCCGACACGAAAGAAAGACUCGAUGCUCAAUUCGAUAGUGUGAGCGCUUGUUUUGGAAAGGACGAGUUGCUGGUCUUCUCGGAUCUCGACGAGUCGAUACACGACCACCAAGCGAUCGAUGUCCUCGCCGAUCUACCCGCCAUUUACUACCACGACAACCCCGAUUUCGUGAAUUACAUGUGGCAGAAGGAAAUGCGGGCAAAUGGCACCCUCGACGUGGAUACGGAAGCGACAGCGCGCAUCCAAGGAUGGAGGAUGGACAAGUUCAAAUUCCUCCCGAUGAUCGAGCGCGCAUGGAAGAUGAAGCCAAACAAAGACUUUUACUUCUUCUUCGAGACAGAUACCUACGUCUUCUGGGACAACGCCUUCCGCUUCCUCCAAACCUUCGACCCCGAUGCGCCGUUAUACAUGGGCUCCCCCUCGCCGGGUACGCACGACGUUAAACAAGACAUAAAGACAUGGUUCGCAAACGGCGGGCCAGGCUUUGUUCUCAGCCGUGGUGCGAUGAGGGCACUUCUCGUCCGUAAGACAACGCCCUACGGACAGUACGUCGAACCGCCAGCUGCGGAAAAGUGGCUUCCCAUGCUUCGGGACGAUUGCUGCGGUGACAGCGUUACGGGAUGGGCGUUGUGGAACGUCAGUGUUCCGCUGAGGGGAUACUGGCCGCUGUUCAACCCGCAUCCUCUGCACAGUAUUCCCUUCAGCGACAAGUAUUGGUGCCAGCCUGUCAUGACGCUACACAAGUCGUCGCCGAAAGACAUGGUUGACGUUUGGCGGUGGGAGUUUGCGCAACGACAGCUCGGGCGCCCGUUACUUUACUCUGACGUGUGGAAGUUUCACCAUCCUGGCGAUCGUGAAGUUGCAGAGAAUUGGGACAAUGGCAAAUGGGAUUUUACAGUUGCACCGCCCGAAGCAAGAAUCGACUCGUUUGAAGCGUGCGGCAAGUACUGCAAGGACAGCAGCGAUUGUCUACAGUACAAUUGGCGAGGUCGCGACGAGAAAAAGUGUGUUACUUCCAAGUCCUUCCGAGUCGGCGAGCCACGACAACCCGAGAAGAUUAUUGAGCCUGAGGUCAAAGACGACAAGGGCAAUGUUAUACCACCACCGCCAGAUCGCCAAGACCGAUGGGUGGAUUUCAAGUCAGGAUGGCUGACGGAGAGGAUUGAGCAGUGGAGGUCGAACAGGAAUUGUUCAGAAGUGCAAUGGGUUGGACCCAGUACUAAGAGAAUCUUCUGA